GCAACAACAACAUCAAACUGCCUAGAACGCCAUCUGCCAAGAAGAAAUUAAACAUGAGCCAGCCACAGAAGGGCGCUUCAAACAGAGAAGCCUUGCUUAAAUCGUACAACCGAAGGCUAAAAGAUGAUGUAAGAUCAAUAUUAGAGAAUUUCAAUGAAAUAGUCAAGUCUGCAAAGAUUGAAGAGGAAACCCAAAUUGCAAGGCUGACUGAAGCUGUUCAAACUCAGUAUGAAAUAGAAGUAAGAGCAUCAAAUAUUGUUCGUGCUGGCGAAUCUCUUCUCAAGCUGGUCUCAGAUAUGAAAGAGUUUUUGAUUCUGAAUGAUUUCUUGCCUGUCAAUUCAAGCAUAAGCAAGGUUUCCCAAAGACUGAAAACACUUGAAGGUGAAACAGAAACAAAGCUAUGUGAAAUAAAGGAAUCAUUUUCAACUGGCCUUGCUGAAAUGGAGAAAGAAUAUGCACUAAUGGAUAACAGAUGCAAAUAAAUGUCUUCCUAGUAUCUACAACCCUAGAAUCAAAGAAAGACAAGAGAAAAGUCCUUUGUUGUCAUUCUUUCAUUGUUUAUGUUGAGUGACAAGGAUUAUUCACUGCAGUUGCAGCUCCUCAACAAGAUAUAAAAAGAAAUGGAGAUGAAGAGGACAAUAUACUUGAAUUUCUUAUGAAGCUUUAGAGAGAGUUUCCUCUUUUGAAUGCAAUCACAAAUUCUGUAUAGGCUCCUAGACAAUGGAUUAUAUAGGCGACACACUAGCCUGGGACUCUCUGAAGUCAGCAACCCACCAAUUAUUUUCAAUUUCUUAAAUUGUCUGCCUUCGUUGCCUCAUUUCUAAUAUUCUUCUUUUGCUGUAUUAAUUUUUCAUAUAUUUGCUUUAUCAUUCUAAAAUUUUGUUGUUCCUUAUAUUGUGACAAAGGGAUUUUUGUAUAUUCUAGUUAUGCUCGGUUUCUUUCACAUAUUUGUUUACAGUAAGCAUUUUCUUAUUGUAAUUUUUGGAAAACCACGAAUUUCAUCUGUGUA